AUGUUGUUCCUUUAUGUCUCAUCUUCUUUUUGCUUCCUAUCUCGAUCGGUAAUAAGUGAUUUAGGGUCUCUGCGUCACGGGAAAAAUAUCUGAAUCUCCGCCUUUUUGGUUCGAUUCAGAUUCUGUGGUCUUUUCUUCGGGUUUUGAUUUAAUUUUUUAUUUUCACACAGAAUCCUAAAAACCCUAAUUUUGAUUACAUUAGCUAUAGAACCUUGUCGAAUAUACAUCGGAGAAGAAGAAGUUUGUGUCUUUUUGGAUUUGAUUUGAUUUGAUUUGAUUUGAUCGAAGAAGAUGCCUCCAAAGCAACAACCAAAGGCUGAUUUGGCGAAAAAGCAGAAGCAAGUGGAAGACAAAACAUUCGGUCUGAAAAACAAGAACAAGAGCAAGAACGUUCAGAAGUAUGUCCAGAGUCUCAAGCAAUCUGUUCAGCCUAAACCCGACGCAGCUAAAGUUGCAGCCAAGAAAAAGAAAGAGGAAGAGAAAGCGAGAGAACAGGAGUUGAAUGAGUUGUUCAAGGUUGCCAUUAGUCAGCCUAAAGUUCCUGUAGGUGUGGAUCCAAAGUCAAUCCUGUGUGAGUUUUUCAAGGCAGGGCAGUGUCAGAAGGGAUUCAAGUGCAAAUUCUCUCAUGAUUUGAACAUUCAGAGGAAGGGUGAGAAGAUCGAUAUUUACAGCGAUAAGCGUGAUGAAGAUGGAGAUAUGGAGGAAUGGGAUCAAGAGACCCUUGAAAAGGUUGUGGAAUCGAAGAAAAAUGAAUAUAAUCAGAAUAAGCCAACUGAUAUUGUAUGCAAGUAUUUUCUGGACGCGGUGGAAAAGAAACAGUAUGGGUGGUUCUGGGCUUGCCCCAAUGGUGGCAAAGAGUGUCACUACAGGCACGCUCUUCCUCCUGGCUAUAUCCUUAAAUCUCAAAUGAAGGCUCUCUUGGAAGAGGAGUCACAAAAGAUGCCAGUUGAAGAAGAAAUCGAGAAUGAGCGUGCAAAACUGAAAACCGCAACACAGAUGACACCUGCGCUAUUUAUGGAAUGGAAGAGGAAGAAGAUAGCUGAGAGAGAUGCAGGUCUGGCUGCUUCUCAAGCCGAGAGAGCUAAGAACGACCGUAUGAGUGGUCGGGAGCUGUUUCUGUCGAAUGCAAGCUUGUUUGUGGACGAUGCUGAGGCUUUUGAAGAAUACGAGAGGGAAAAAGAAGAGGAAGAGAUUGAACAGAAGGCAAAGAGCAAAGAAACAGAGGCAGGGACAAGCAAGAGUAGUGGUGAUGCUACUGAACAGUCUUCAAAAGAAGUGGAUGAAGAAGACGACGACGAUGAUGAUGAUUUGGACAUGGAUGAGCUUGAUGAACUGGAAGCAAGCUUGUCGAAGACAACGAUCCAGAUUCGUGAGCCAAACAGUGAAGGAUCAUCAUCUUGAGAGGAAAAUUAAAAUGUGAGAGGUGAAGAGAGGAAAGCACAUGUUUUACUCUUGUGUACUUUUGAUAUGGUUUGGAUUUUACAGACGCACAAAAACCUAUUUUGCAGGUGUUUGAAUAAACUUGUUACUCUUAAAUAAUGUCUCUCAUCAAGGACUGGUAACCAGUGUUCUUUUCUU